AUGCGACUGAGUCUACUGUGUAUAAAGAGGAAGAAGAUGACCAAACAACCAGUGAAAACAAAGACAAAUAAGAUUUUUACAAUUCAAGGAGGUUAUGCCACAGUAAGAAAUUGUCUGAGAAAACGUGGUUGGGUUGAGAAUUUCUUUCGAGCAACAGAGAUAGUGAAAAAGCCUGCACCCAAAACUAAAUCUGAUGUGUUCAGUAGUGAUGAUGAUUAUGAUGAUGACGAUGAUGGAAUUGAUGCAGAAGUUGAUGUUCCCAAGGUUAAACCAUGGGAAGAGGAAGGUGGCCUCUAUGGUAUUAUGGUUGGUUUGUGCGUCAAUUUAAGAAACCUGCAAUGGUUUGAUGAAACAGAUCCAAAUACAUUUUUUCCUCGAUGUUAUCGACUAAGCCAUGAAGAAGAAAAACAUGAAUUUAUAGAUGAUUUCAACUUCACCGCUUGUAUGAAUAUUUUGAAGAUUGUAGUCGAGAACUACAUGAGUUGGUCAACAUUGAGUCUGCAAGAAAACCAGAUUAUAAUCUCGGCCAAAAGCAACAAAGAAUCUGAGAGACAAAUGGAAAUAAUAAAUGAAAAGAACACUGAUGGGAAAAACACCCCAAAGAAGGCACCUCAUGUUCCAGUGUUGGCUGUAAUGCAAGCACUCAAACAAUGUGAAUUGUUCAUUGAUAGAAAAGAAAACAUAGAUGUUGAUAUGGAUGAACAAGAACUUGGACAUCUGACCAAUUCACAAUGGGAAAAACUACGAGAAUGGUAUUACCUACUCGUACACAAUAAUUCAAUAAUUGUUGAUUUGCCAACAACAUUAGUGAACCAGUGUGAGGCAAGCCUUAAGCGUCUGCAGAUCUUGUGUCCACAAUUUUAUUUAGAUGGCAAGAACAGCGUCUGGAUUGUCAAGCCAGGAGCCAAAUCUCGAGGAAGAGGCAUAACUUGUUAUGAUCGAUUAGAAGAAAUCUUGAAGCUGGUUGACAGUAAUGUGGCUAAAAGAGAGUCAAAAUAUGUCAUUCAGAAAUACAUUGAGCGACCAUUGUUGAUCUAUAACUGCAAAUUUGACAUCCGGCAAUGGUUUCUCGUCACAGAUUGGAAUCCUCUGACCAUGUGGUUCUACAGAGACAGCUACCUCAGAUUCUGCUCACAACAAUUCACACUAAGCAAAUUUGAUGAGUCGAUUCAUUUAUGUAACAAUGCAGUUCAAAAAAAUUAUAAGAAUGGACCUCGUGCUAAAGAACUGCCUGAAAACAACAUGUGGACACAUCACCAAUUUCAAGAAUAUCUCAGGAAUCGUUCAUUACCAAACAUUUGGGAUGAGUUGAUUUAUCCAGGGAUGAAGAAAGCUAUCAUUUGCUCUAUGUUUGUCUCUCAGGAAUUAGUUGAACCUCGAAAGGGCUCUUUUGAAUUGUAUGGAGCCGAUUUCAUGUUGACAGAUGACUAUAGUCCAUGGCUGAUUGAAAUUAAUUCAAGUCCAAGUAUGGAAGCCAGUACAGAAGUUACAUCAAGGCUAUGCACAAAGGUCUUAGAGGACACUAUCAAAGUUGUCCUGGACCGAAAACAUGACAAAAACUGUGAUAUUGGCAGAUUUGAAAUAGGUUACAAACAAUCAACUGUGAAUUCACCCCCUUAUCUUUCCAAUUUUUGA